AUGGCUAACUUAGGAGUCAAACUUCAUUGUAUUGACGAUAUUGUUGAUGAAAGUGUUGUUGAUGUUGACAUCAAACAUACCCACCAAAUUGAUAAAAUUGGUGGUUUUGGACCAGAAUUUGGAUUAGUUCAGAAAUUAUAUGAGGAUUGUCAGGACACAAAUGAUUUUAUAUAUUGUUUAAAGGAGAAAGCAUUAAAUGCAUUAUCAAAAGCAGCUAAUCAAAAUAAUAUUAAAAUUGCUGAUGGAUUAAUUUUAGAAAAAUCAAAUUUAAUGAAUAAUAAAAGUAUUUUAAAUGAAUUACAAAUGGAUGCCAGAUCAAUGAAUGAAAUAUCAGAUUUAGAUAGGAAGCUUUUAGAGAAAAUUGAUAAAUUUUUUGGUUCUCAUAUUUUAAAGUUUGAUUUGAGUGAAACAAAGGAAAGUAAUGAAGUCAGUUCAAGAGAUCGUAAACAUCAUAAAAAGAAAGAUCAUGGUAUCAAAUAUGUUGUAGCAGCUCUUUUAACAGCUAUGGGAAUCGCUGGACCUAUUGGUCUAAAAGCACUAGCUGCAGUAGCUAUAAAAGCUUUGGUAAUUAGCAAAGUAGCAUUGACCAUAGCAAGUAUAAUAGCCUUAAAGAAACUUUUUGCACACGAACAUCAUGAAGAAACAAGUUUUCAAGUACAUGCUGGAGAUCAUAAUAGGAGAAGCACUUUUGUAGUAAGACCGGUGAAACCUUCUGCUGCAGCAACAUUGGAUCCUUACAAAUAUUACUAUGAGUAUCCGGCUUCUUCACAUUGA